AUGUCCUCUCACGAUAUCCAAACUUGCCUCCAAAUUCCUGUUCCUCUGUCGAUGAAAGACCUAGCCCAUGCUCCGCCGGUUUGUCUUCCUACCCGCGGAGAUCACGAAGCCAUUGAGAUACUCGAGAAAUUCGGCAAAGCUCUACUUCGACCAGGAGACGAAAUAGCUCAAGCGCAGAACUUGGCAGCCGGCUUCUCGGACAUAGUGGUUAUAUUGGAACGUCCACGCCACAGAAGAAACCACAAAUUCGACGUCAGUUUCGAGGAAUUUGUCCAAAGUUGCGAGACACUGCUAGCAAUCGACGAACUGAUUCGCUUCGCUACCAAAGGCGCCCGAAGCAUACACACUGUCACUGUCCUGGACGCAUUUUCUUAUCAACCUGAUAAACGCGCAACAGAUGAAGAUAAAAAAUGCCAUGAAGUCCUCGCACAGAUCCUGAAAGUGAAGAAACCAAAAGUCAUAUUACGAUGCCACCGUGACACAUAUUGCGACGAGUGGCUGAAGCAAAUCGAGCUGCCUGGAGAAAGUUAUCAACUGGGGCGCAAGGAAAUCUCUAUCUUCGACGGUCAUAAGACAAUCGUGCUACAAACUUUUCAUCCAUCAUGCGCCGUGAAUAAUGCCGACCGCAGACCUGAAUAUAGGGCCUUAUUGAUGUACCACUUUGUGGCUGCAUUUUCCGAACUAAUAUCCAAGUUUAUUCUUCCGGACGCAGCGGAAGGGAUAAGAAAGCUAUGUCUCGAAAAGGGCGAAAGAAAACCCAGUGACAUUUGCAAGUACGAACCAUGGCAAGCUGCGCGUCGCAUCUCACAAGUGCUAGAAAAGCCAUAUAAAAGCCUGUUUUAUAUGCACUUUAUUGCGUUUGCAGAUGAGACCCCAUCAGAGAGCCGCAGCAAACAGGCUCAAGCGUUCAGUGCUUUGUACGGGUCUUUAAAACGGUUGUUUGGGAAUUCCAAUGCCUUUGGUGGCCUUGCUAUCGCAAAAACCGUCUUGUUUCUCUGGAAGCGACAUUUCGAAGAAGACCCGCUAUAUGACCACGUAAUGUCAUGGCUCGUUAUACGCGGCAAUCAGCAAAGGGACUGGUUUGCGAGCGAAAGUGGCCGAAUUCACGACCAACGCUCUCUCGAAGAGCAAUUAUCGUCCCUUCAGGUAUCAGCUUCGUCUAUCACACGUGACAUCCGGUCAAUAAUUGAUGACUUCUUACCAUUACUUUGUCGGGCAUCUGGGUUCCCCUUUAGAAGGGAGCAUCUUGCGGAUGAUUGCCGCGCUCAAAUAAUCGGUUUCUAUGAGAGGCAUAAUAAGCUUCUUCGCAGACAUUUAGCGGACCUGCCAAUGAGUGAUAUUAACUAUGCAAUGGAUAUCAGAGUUCUUUUGGCUUCUUGUGAGAUGUUUUUGUCCGCGUUCCAGGACCGUACAUAUGAACCGGCGAGGCAGGAUUACGACGAUGCUAUCUCCUGCCUCAAGAAAUUGGCAGAUAUUAUUGACUCGACCUGCUAA